AACAAAUUAAAUUUGGCAUCUGCAAAUUUCCUCUCAAAUAAUUGUUUGCUUUAAAGAUAUCCAGUUAACAAAUUAACUGGCCUCAGUGCACGUACGCCAGCCAGAUGUCUAUUUAAAGAUAUCCACGAUCACCAUUGUUAUGUAUGCAAGGAUUGCAAGCAGCCAAACGGCCCAAACCUAAGCUUUAUGCUCGCAAGCAUGGAGUUCCUUCUUCUCCUUCUAGCCUUUAUCUCUGUCUUCCUCUUCUAUUUUCUGCUGCUGCUGCUGCAAGAGCACAGAAAAACAAAGGAGAGGAGACAGCUUCUUCCACCAGGUCCUCCUGGCCUUCCGUUCUUCGGCAACUUGCACCAGCUGAUCAAAUACAACGCCACCCCUCAUCUCUACCUGUGUCAAUUGUCCAAGAAGUAUGGUCCCCUUAUGUCAUUGAGGCUUGGUGUUGUGCCAGUCAUAGUCAUAUCCUCUGCAAAAAUGGCCAAAGAAGCCUUGAAAAUCCAUGAUCUAGCAUUCUCUGGGAGGCCUUGCAUGCUUGGCCAACAGAAACUAUCCUACAAUGGCUCGGACUUGAUUUUUGCCCAGUAUGGCGGCUACUGGAGGGAAAUCAGAAAAUUUUGCGUUCUUCAUCUUUUUAGCACCAAGAGGGUACAAUCCUUUCGACCUGUUCAUGAAGAAGAGGUCCGGGCCAUCAUCAAUAAAAUAUCUACAUUUUCUUCUCCUAAACAAGAAGUGAAUAUGAGUGAGAUGUUGAUGUCUCUUUCCAACGACAUAAUUUGUAGAAUUGCUUUUGGUAAAAGGUAUGAGGGCAAGGGUGUUGAUGGAUGUGGAAGAAAUAGCUUCCACAAGCUCCUCAAUGAAGCUGAGGCCUUGGCCAGCAGCAUCUUUGUGUCGGACUAUUUCUCAUUUAUGGGCUGGGUGGACAAACUAACUGGCCUAUGUGGUAGGGUGGAUAAAAAUUUUAGGGAGUUGGAUUUGAUUUUCCAAGAAAUUAUCGAUGAGCACCUCGAUCCUAAGAGGUUGAGAUUUGAGCAAGAAGAUAUUGUUGACAUCUUACUCCAACUGAGAAGUGAUCAACUAUUUACAUCUGAUCUCACUUUUGAUCAAAUUAAAGCAUUGAUCACGGAUGUGUUUAUUGCUGGAACAGACACAAGUGCAGGCACUAUAAUUUGGGCAAUGACCGAGUUAAUGAAAAAUCCUAGGGUGAUGAAGACUGCACAAGAAGAACUUAGAAGUUUGAUAAAGGAAGAUUUCAUAGAUGAAGAUGAUCUUCCUAGACUAACUUACCUUAAAGCCGUGGUAAAAGAGACAAUGAGAGUACACCCUAUAGCUCCCUUGCUUGUUCCUCGAGAAACAAUUGAAAAGUGCACUAUUGAUGGGUAUGAAAUUCAACCCAAGACCAUUGUAUAUGUAAAUGCAUGGGCCAUAGUAAGGGAUCUCGAGUCUUGGGAAAAACCAGAAGAGUUCUUGCCCGAAAGAUUCCUAGGCAAUCCUAUAGACUUUAAAGGACAAGAUUUUGAAUUAAUACCAUUUGGGGCUGGUCGAAGACGUUGCCCUGGUAUGCUUCUCGGACUCAUGACGGUGGAACUCACACUUGCCAAUCUUCUUUACUCCUUUGAUUGGGACUUGCCAAAUGGGAUGAAGGAAGUAGACGUUGACACCGAGGCAGCUCCCGGCAUUGUAAUGCACAAGAAAGUUCCUCUUUGCCUUUUGGCUAAAAAAUAUCUGGCACGUAAGUCGAGAUGAAUGUGCCUAUCUUGCACUUUUUUGUUUGGUAAAAUACAUUGGCCUCACUUAAUGUUUGGUGAACAGACAGUAGCCUCUCCUACGGUUUCAAAAAUUUCAGGGACCACCAUUGAGCUUUCAUGAAUUCCAACGAUCUCUCCUAAGGUUUGUCAAAAAGGCACAAAGCUCCAAUUGUAUCUUACAAAAAUAUUAGUUUUUUGAGGGGAAACUUGUACCUUUUUAGCAAACCUCAAGGGAGGUAUGUGAUAUUUUUGAAACCUCAAGGGAGGUCUGUGAUAGUUUCGAAAUCUCAAGGGAGGUCUUUGCUUUUUUUUUUUUUGUUAAAUCUCACGGGAGGUAGGUAUCUCUUGUCCUUUUAUGUUAUUUUCAAGUAAGUCAUGGAAUUAAGUUUGAACUUGAGACACUUGAGACAA